AUGAAGCUCACACUCCUCAUCCUCCUCCCCCUCGCAACCGCCUUCCCCCUCUCCCUCUUCAAACGCGCCGACCUAACCCUCACAACGCAAAACGACCUCCUAAACGGUACGCCCUGCAAACCUCUCACCGUAAUCUUCGCCCGCGGCACCACCUCCCCCGGAAACGUAGGCGAAUCCACUGGUCCCCCCUUCUUCCAAGAGAUCGCAAAGCUAGUCGGGGCCGCGAAUCUGGCGGUCCAGGGCGUUACGUAUCCGGCUAGCAUCUUUGGGUUUUUGGGCGGUGGUGAUACGGCGGGGAGUAAGACGCUGGCGGGGUUGGUUAAUCAGGCGUUUACGCAGUGUCCGAGUACGAAGGUGGUGGUUAGUGGGUAUAGUCAGGGGGGACAGCUUGUGCAUAAUGCUGCGAGGCAGUUGAGUGCUGCGGUUUCUGCUAAGGUGUCUUCUGUCGUUAUCUUCGGAGAUCCAAACUACGGGUCUGCUGUUGGUACCAUACCAGCUUCGAAAGUGAAGGUAUUUUGUCACACCGGUGAUAAUAUUUGUGAGGGUGGUAUCACUGUCACUUCGGCACAUCUAAAUUACAAAAAUGAUGCACCAGCGGCGGCCAAGUUUGUGGCUAGCUUAGCGGGGUAUUGA